UCCGCCGGGGCGUGUAGGGGCGUUACCCCGGGGAGGAGCUGUGCUGGCGGCCAUGGGGCGGACCCGGCCGCUAUUAAAGCGCUCGGCGGGGGGCGUUCCCUUGUGGAGCCAUGGCGACCUACGUGAGGCUGGGGACCGCGGCCAGGGUGCCUCUCCUGGGGCUGGGCACAUGGAAGUCCCCGCCAGGUAAGGUGGAGGCUGCAGUGAUGGCAGCCAUCGAUGCUGGCUACCGCCACUUUGACUGUGCCUAUGUGUACCAGAAUGAGAAGGAAAUUGGGGAAGGGAUCCAGCAGAAAAUCAAGGAAGGCGUUGUGAAACGAGAGGACCUCUUUAUCGUCAGUAAGCUGUGGUGCACAUUUUUUGAAAAACCUCUGGUGAAGGGGGCAUGCCAGAAGACUCUUGCUGAUCUGAAGCUGGAUUAUCUGGAUCUCUACCUCAUGCACUGGCCUUUUGGCCUCAAGGCAGGAGAGGAGCUGUUUCCCACAGAUGACAAAGGCAUGUCAAUACCCAGCAACACUGAUAUUCUACAUACAUGGGAGGCCAUGGAAGAGCUGGUGGAUGCUGGUCUGGUGAAAGCCAUUGGGAUCUCCAACUUUAAUUGUGAGCAGAUUGAAAGACUCUUGAACAAGCCAGGACUGAAGUACAAGCCUGCAAAUAAUCAGUCUCUAUUCCUGUGUUGGCAGAUCGAGUGUCAUCCAUACCUUUCCCAGGAAAAGCUUAUCAGCUAUUGCCAAUCCAAAGGCAUCACUGUGACAGCCUAUUGUCCCCUUGGGCGUCCUGACAGGGUUAAGCCAGAGGAGCCUUGCCUUCUGGAUGACCCCAAGAUCAAAGAGAUUGCAGCCAAGCACAACAAAACACCAGCACAGGUUCUCCUUCGCUUCCAGAUCCAAAGAAAUGUGCUUGCAAUUCCCAAGUCUGUCACACCACAGCGUAUUGUGGAGAACUUCAAGAUAUUUGACUUUGAAUUGACUAAAGAGGAGAUGUCUGCCCUUCUCAGCUUAAACAGAAACUGGAGGAUCUGUGGAAUGAUCACGUGCAAAAAUCACAAGGAGUACCCUUUCAAUGCAGAAUACUGAAGACAGAUUUAUCCUGCCCUCUUGCAGGCCUGUGGGGUCUAAUGAGCUUCCAUCAUUGCCUAGAGUUGUCCACUAUGUUGAUUUCACACUGUAUCUCUCCUGCCGGCAAAGGCAUAGUCAGGGCCUUUGUCUGAGUUUUUCUUCUUUGGUGAAAGGAAAUGGUAAAAUUGUUCUAAAGAACAAAAUAUGGUCUAUAAUAAUUAUCUACUCAUUAGAUGAGUGUCUGCAUGGUUGAAAUAGCAAAGCAGAAAACACAAAGAAUGAACUAGCAACUGAUUUUUUUUCUUUUUUUAACCUUCUGUCUUGCAUUGACACUACUUAAGGCUGCAGGGUAAUGGUAUGUGAGCAUGGAAGAAAGAUCCAUCCUGAAAGAAUUAACUACAUAAUCACUGCCUGAAGAUAAGAAACAACAAUCAACUUCUGUAGAGCACAGUCCAAAGCUUUCUUGGAAAGAAGGAAAAAAAAAAAAAAAUAUUGAAGAAGUGUCCAGACCUACAGAUGCACACCUACUUGUACUGGGCCUUAUUUCAGUUGUAUGCUUUUACAGGCUGACAGAUUAAUACGCAGUUUUAUUCCUAUCAAAAAAUAAAAAAUGCUUAGUAAAUAACAAUCCUAGUGAAUACUAGCCUCACAAAAAAUACAAAUACAGCUGAUAACACAGCUGGAUUCCUGGCUUUUGUGCUUCCUGUUCCAAAACAAUCCAAAAUAAUGUUUUGCAAGACUUCUGCAGCAGAAUGACUGAGCUUUUUGGUGAAAAAGACCUAGUUGUCUGACAUAUGUAGCAUUCUCAGUCCUGCACUUCAUAAAAUGCUUAGUGCUCCUGAAAUACUAAUUUCUGCAGUAAAUAAAAUCUGCUAAUACCUCUUUAUAAA